GUCCACUGUUAUUUUUGUACCCAUACACGUCUGGCUGAUUUUAUUAUUUUUAUAUUUAUUGUCGUGGCAUUUAAAUCCAAUAACAUCCCAAUAUGUCGAAAAUAUUGUACAAAUGCCACAAGCAAAUAGACAACCCAUUACACAAAGCUGCCUUCCGCGGAAAAGUGGACAAAAUUCAAUCACUUCUCAACGACUUCAGUCCAUACAAAGCAACAUCGGAGUCGGAAACUCCGUUGCACUUAUCAAUAACCAAGGGUCAUCUAGAUGCUGCCAAUGUCUUUCUGAGUAUCCUGGAAAUCGAUUUGACCGCUGUUAGACGAUUUUUGAGUGAUCGGAAGGUGGACGUUGGAUUAGGAAAUGAAAAUUUCGCUUGUGCUAUUGGUAAACGGCAAAUUCAAAUGGUGAAACAAAAGUGUAGUGAAAUGAUUGUAAAAACGAAAGACGGCGAAUCAUCAGUAUUUGAUAACUGCACGCUCGUUUUAAUGAAGGAGAAUAUUUUCUCUGUGCCAAAGGUGCUGGUUGUUCGAUCUAAUAAUCAACAACAAAAGUUCGUUCUUUUGUCGACCGUUUUUCAACUAUUGAAUGAAAAUGGUGUAAUAAGCUUAAAUGUACAGAGGUCUAGCGAUCGUUCAACUGUUCUUCACUGCGCUGCAGCUGGAGGAUAUACUGAAUUGGUGAUGAGAUUGUUGGAUCUAGGUGCCAAUCCCCACUUAAAGGACAUAGUUCAUCAGACUGCAAUCGGUGCCGCUCAUUCAAUGGGCGAAUUCCAUACCUAUGUGGAAAUGUGUCGACGCUUACGUUUGGACAUGUUCGCUACGAAAGACUUUGUAAAGCUACCAGUGAACAAUGCAGUGUGGGAGAAUGUACAAUUUCUGAUUGAAACGUUGGUUGCUUUGCGGAUGGAAAACUUCCAGGAAGACCGUAACAAAGCCGUUCGAACUGUUUUAUCAAUGAGAGAAGUAGCUGAAACGUUUCUUCUAUCAAACGUUGGUGAAAAAUGCUUGGAAACGUAUGGUGAACACCUGUCGGAAAAGAAUGUUGCGAAGAUUCUUAUGCUGUUACUUAAUCACAGCCCCGCGCUCCGAUCAGAUAUCAUAAUGCGGCAUAUUCUCCAAGAUUGUAGUAUUGUAAAGGCGAAAACCGGACGAGUAAUUCAUUGUCGAGCUCACAACACUGUUCUACACAUUCUUGUCCGAACCGGAAGGAGUGAUAUUGUACGUAAGAUAUAUGAAGACUUUCCUCAUCUAAAAACUAUCCUCUUCGAGCACAAAGAACUUGGAUUAAACGCAUUAACACAAUGCAUUCAAUCGAAUCACGUUGAGCUGGCGCAGUUCUUAAUCGAAGAACAUGAAAAUGAAAUCAAUCGACCAGAACAAUGGUCGCAAUUACUGAUCACUGCAGCCGAACUACCCGACUCAACGGAUUUCAUGAAAAUGAUUCUGGAACAUAGGAUGACCGAUCCGAACUUGGCUCUUCGCGGUGUUCCGUCGGUUCAUCGAAACGCUUUGUUUGUUUGUAUUGCGAAGGGAAAUUUGGAGAAGAUCAAAGUGAUUCUUGAAUCAAAUAAGCUGACCAAUUUGAAUAGAAUACAAUCCGAAUACGAAACGUUGCUGCAAUCUGCCAUUUGUUCGAUGAACGUAUCCGAAGCACCGUUGGGCGGUUAUUUUAAUGGUAACACUGACCAAUUCAAAUAUUUAACAAACGACCUCAGCACGUCGGAAGACGAAGACGUGCCAUUGGACUAUCAUCCAACCGAGACACUUAAUGACAAUGCCACCAAAUAUGAAAUUAUGAACAAAAUAUUUGAUUUGCUGAUAGAAAAAGGUGCCAACGUUAAGCACGUUGAUGCAUCUCACAAAACAUUGCUACAUCACGCCGUUGCGAAAAGCAACAGAUACGUGGUGGAGCGACUCCUCAGCCUCGGCUUAGAUCCGAUCGAUCCCGAUCGAGAUGGUAAUCUACCAUUGCAUUAUGUGAGUAACAGCGAAAUUUUCGAGAUUUUAAGGAACCACCCAACGUUCGAAGAAACGCUUACCGCUCGAAAUAAAGUCGGUGCAACAUUCCUGCAUAAUUAUGCUCGAUGUUCAAGCUGUUCAGUUGAUUUGAUUUCUAAACUCAUCGACAAUGGUGUCGAUGUGAAUGCGGUGGACAAUACUGACAACACUCCCCUACAUUAUAUGGCCCGCCCACCGAUUGCUGUUUGUGAAUUACUCAUCAAUAACAAUGCGAACAUAGAUUUGAAAAAUUCGCAGGGUUUAACAGCAACUCACACAGCCAUUUCCCAUGAAAAUUUUGGCUUAGCUGCCCUCCUUAUCAAACAGCCAACUUUCAAUUUAUUUGCAUUGACAAAAACAGGCAAAUCUUAUCUAACAGUGCUCACACGCAUCCAUGCCGAUAAAUUUAAUGAAAUCAGAACCGCGUUGGAGACUCGGAAGGACGAACUUAUUCAGCUGAUUGAAAUGUAUUGCAAUGAAGUGGAUGACUACGGGUUUUCAAAUUUGCUUCACUCAACGGACAACAAAUAUCUCCUGGACUUACUGAUUGCACAGCCACACAUUCAAGUUAAUGCUGCAACAUGCACACACAACGAUUCAUUGUUGCACAGAGUUCGCAAUGACGUAAAAUUUGCCCGGUUUUUGGUGGAUAAGGGAUUGGAUGUUAAUCGAAUCGAUCCUUUCCAGCGUACACCUUUGAUUCAGGCCCUGACAGCUGGUCAUGGAGCCAACAUUGAAGUUAUUAGGUACUUGAUAGAAGCGGGAGCAAAUGUUAACUGCUCUAUGGAGCGAGGCAUUUCACCGUUGCGUGUCGCUUGUGAAUAUUUUCAUUUGGAAUCGAUUAGAAUCCUUUUAGAGGCGGGAGCUGACUGCAACGUAAAAGGUAGUGACGGAAAAAUCCCAUUUGAGUGUCUGCCCAUCGAAUACAUGAGCAUCGUCACUAACAUUGUCGUCGAUUCAUAAAUCGCAAGCAACUGUGGUUCGUUGCGCUAGAUGAAAAUUCCAUUAUGGCCUGUUGCGCAAAAUAGGCUUUGGUCUCGGCUUUGGUCCAUUAGUAGGUGCCGAACGCAAAAUAAAAAUGAUUUUUUCG